GCCUGGGCCUCGUGCUCCUCUAAUCACACUGCCGUUUAUUCCCAUGUUAAGAUGCUGACCUGCAGAUGUGAAUGAUGUUAAGUUUGACGUCAUUAAUGAGCAGAUCUGUCUGGACUUACAGGAGCCUUACUGAGCGAAUAGGAAGAGGAAUAAUACAGCAGCAGGCUCGGUUGUGUUUGCCGUGUGGAGGUGUAGGUGGCGCUCUUGCUCCUCCUGUAGACUGCAGUGUUACGGCAGAGCAGGCGGUGAGAGUGUGGGCGCAGUGCUUCCAGGAACAUGGAAUUUCUGAGCCUCUCCUCUCCUCACACUACAUCAUAGCUCACGUCCUGGGAAAGAAAACUCUGCAAUGCGUGAAGAAGAGGAAACUCCAAGACAGACUGAGUGACAAAGAACGAGAGAAUGUGUGGGAGCUAUGUUCCAAACGUCUGACAAGGAUGCCGGUACAGUAUGUGAUUGAGGAGUGGGACUUCAGAGAUCUGACGCUGAAGAUGAGACCUCCAGUGUUCAUUCCCCGCCCAGAGACAGAGGAACUAGUUAGUUUGGUGUUGAAGCAUCUGCGCUCACAGUGGAGAGAGCAUCCUUUGCGAUGCCUGGAGGUGGGCUGUGGAUCAGGUGCCAUCUCUCUAAGCCUACUGCAAAGUAUACCACAGCUCAAGGCAGUUGCCUUGGACCAAAGCCAGGAAGCAGUGUGUCUAACUAAGGAAAAUGCAGAAAGACUUGGGCUUCUGGACCGACUGGAAGUUUAUCAUCUAGAUAUUAUGAAGGAUGCUGAUUUGACCCUGAGAAGCUGCGCUCCUGUUGAUGUAAUUGUUAGCAACCCUCCUUACUUAUUUUCUCAGGACAUGGAGUCUCUGCAGGAAGAAAUACUCAGAUUCGAAGACCACUCAGCAUUGGAUGGGGGUUUUGAUGGCAUGUCAGUAAUCAGGCAGAUUCUAACACUAGCUCCAAGACUCCUUACAGAUGAAGGUCAUUUGUAUUUGGAGGUGGAUCCACGCCAUCCUCCAUGCAUAAAGCAUGAGGUCGAGGAAAGCACGCUGGGGUUGCAGUAUUUGGAAACACACUGUGAUUUCACUAACAGGUUGCGGUUCUGCAUUCUUCAGAAGGGAGGAUGAACUAAAAGAGGAACCUGUGGACUUGAGGCACUUAGACAGCACAUAGCUUGAGAGAAAGCUGAUCUUAAAGUGAUGGCUCAAGCGACAUAUGUGAAGAAGCGAAUUCUGCACCGUUCUGCCAAAAUGUAUUACUUACACCACACCUCCUGCCAUAGCGUACUGUGAUUCUGGUGGGUGUUUAAGGUUUGAGUUUUAUUCCCGAAAUGGGUUAUAAUAGAAAGACAGACCUGCCAAAGCACUGAGAUUUAGGCUUUUCAGCAGUUUCUUUAUUUGCAUAGUGUUGUUAGAAGGAAACCCUGACCAUAAAUGGUAGUAACACAAAAGUAAAAGUAACACAGUAUGACCUGUUUGAGGGCUAUUAACACUUUGAAGGUGUUGUCAUGCUCGUAGGAUUAUUUGUUUAAUAAACCUGUCUUGUUCAUGGGGGUGUGUUCAUGUUGUGGUGUAAGACUCUCUGCCAGGAAUGGAAGCUGCUGGUCUAAAUUCCAGUCAGUAUUUGUAUCAGAUGACAGGCGACUCUAGUGUUUCGUCAUUUCUUCUGACUACUGCAGUUAUGCACUUGCAUAAAAAAUAUGGUGUAGCCCAAUGACUUUAAAAAAAUAAAUUCCUGAGCUCUA